AUGUGCGUCGCUGCCACGCAGGCACAUUUCCCUUUAGCCAAUGAGGAGCAGAGGGAGGCGGGUCUAAGGGUGUAUACGUAGAUACAAGAAACAAUGGCCCUUCCCCACCAAGGAUACCGGGCUACAAAACCCAGGGCUCGUGCAGCCCCUCCUUCAGGGGACCCCCUUCUCUUCGAUGAUACCAGUUCCGGUGCCCCACCCAUCAACAACCAGAACUACUAUGAAUCAGGUUAUAACAUGGGAGCUGCAGCGCCGGCUGGCCAGGGUGCCAGUGGAGCAAACAACCUCUUUACAGAUCCAAUGGCCAGUGCAGCUAUGAUGUAUGGCUCAUCACUUGCCAACCAAGGCAAGGAUAUGGUGAACAAAGAGAUCAGUCGAUUCAUGUCCGUUAACAAGCUGAAGUAUUUCUUUGCUGUCGACACAAAAUAUGUUGUUAAGAAGCUGAUGCUUUUGAUGUUCCCCUACACACACCAGGACUGGGAAGUCCGUUACCACAGAGACACUCCACUCACCCCUCGGCAUGAUGUCAAUGCUCCCGAUCUUUACAUACCAACAAUGGCAUUCAUCACUUAUAUUCUGCUGGCAGGAAUGGCUUUAGGAAUACAGAAACGGUUCAGCCCAGAGAUCCUGGGUUUGUGCGCUAGCACAGCUCUAGUUUGGGUCAUCAUUGAGGUUCUUGUGAUGUUGCUGAGUCUCUACCUUCUCACAGUGCACACAGAUCUCUCAACAUUUGACCUUGUUGCAUACAGUGGAUACAAAUAUGUUGGGAUGAUCUUCACUGUUCUGUGUGGGCUACUCUUUGGCAGUGAUGGCUACUAUGUUGCUCUUGCCUGGUCGUCUUGUGCCCUCAUGUUCUUCAUAGUCCGUUCUUUGAAAAUGAAGAUCCUUUCUUCGCUGUCAGCAGAUUCCAUGGGUGCUGGAGCAAGCGCUAAGCCCCGCUUCCGCCUGUACAUUACAGUUGCCUCUGCUGUCUUUCAGCCCAUUAUAAUUUAUUGGCUGACCGCUCAUUUGGUCAGAUGACCAGGAGUAAAGAUUGGCAUAGAAGACAAGGACUUUAAAACAUCACAAAAAGCAGUGUUGAGUGUGAAUGUGAUCACUCCUUGAGUUUUUUUUUUUUUGCCAACAUAAGAGGAAAUGUGGCCUGCCUACAACGAUCUUUAAAUUGUGCUCAACUUUGUGGAUAUACCAUUGGAUUCUUUCACUCACUUUCAUGGAAAGUGAUUUAUCCUGGGCCCACAUGGAAAGAAUGACUGUAAAUAUCCGUUUUUGACCAAAGAUUCAGAUUUGGAUUUUUUUUUUUUAAGUUUUGAAUUCUUUACCUGCCAAUGCCUUGUACGUCACAAGUUCUGCUUGUGACAAUUUGAAGAUCAUCUCCUUUUUUCUAAGGGACACAAAGUCCAGCUUAAAUUUCCCAGAGACAAAAAUGUUUAAUGCAAAAUAUCUGUAACUUUACAUUUUCCCCUUGAAGUUUGUUCUUUAUGCCCGGUGUGAUUUUGUGUGGUAUUUGGUGAUAGUGCUAAACACAUUGUCUGCUGAGCCUGUGUCCCCCUUUUCUAUUUAUCUGUGCAUGAACAACAGUACCUUUUUCUUAUACAAAAAUAAAUGGUCAAUUUUAUUAAGCAAA